AUGCCAUCGAAGCUCCCCAACCUGUGCACGAGAACACAGAUCGAAACCCCCGCCACAAUCUAUCUUUCCGCAGAUUGUGCGCUCCGCUCGCCAAACUGCCGAGACUUCCUGAUGUCACCAAAAUUCGACUACUGCGAGCGGCUGAUUGUCGCUGUCUAUCCGCCCGGUUCCUGGGAGAUGGAUGCGAAGGAACUCAGGGGAACGGAACCAGUCUUCCGGAAAAUCAAGGACGAAGAAUCUGUCGGCUAUCAUGGAUUUGACGAUACCGAUUGGCCCAUGGAAGAGAGACAAGUUGUGGAAGGCUAUGAUGCGCCUGAGAGCGAUGUCAUUGGUUGGGAAGAUGCGAAAGAGGUGAUCUUAAACAUUUUCGAGAGACGAAAGGAGAUCUUACGUGAGAUCAAUGAGGAGGGGCCCAGCGAAAUCACGGUCAGAGAAUAUCACGAAGGAGAUCUGGAGGUGGAGGCUGUGGAGGUCUUUCGAACGCCCAUACCCAAGGCUCUGCCGGCUUGA